AUGCACCGCUUUGCUUGUCAGGUGUCUUUACGAGAUUUUUGCCGUGAAAGCAGAGUCUUCAUGGCUGCCUCCAAAAUUCAAGCUCAUGUCCGUGGUAUGCUCACCCGAAAUUAUGUCGCCCGACUAGCCGAAGAGGCAGAAUGGCCACUCAAGGGAUGGUUUGAAUACACUGGCAUGGGACGCGACUGCGUGCAGCUCAACGUGAAGUUUCUUCUAAACCCCAGCUUCGAUGCCUUCCGGCACUUCCGGAAGUAUGGGAAGCAACAGACACUCCUCCAACGGCUGCAAGAGAUGCAGGCGGAGAUCGACAGCUGCUUGCGCAUGUACCUGGGUCCAGCAGAAUAUGCUGCCAUGGAGGCACGAAAAGCCGCUGGAAGCGCAGCGCAGCGUGCCAAAGCAGAGGCUGAAAGAGAGCAGGAGGAGGUGAAUGCCAUGGCAGCUGCCGAUCAAGAAUCGUUUGCUAUAGAAAAGACUGCCAACGACCGCCAGGCGGCAGUGCGAAGAGAGGAGGAAGAGAAGCUGCGUGCAGAGGAAGAGGAAAGGCUUCGCGCAGAGGAAGAGGAAAGGCUCCGUGCAGAGGAAGAGGAAAGACUCCGCGCAGAGGCAGAAGCUCAAAGAGCAGAAGAGGACGCCAAUAUCAGCACGGUGAGCCAGGCCUUGGCCAACUUCACGUAUGCUGCACAAGCAUUGCUUGGUGAGGAGCCAGCACCUGUGGAGGAAGUAGAACCAGCUGCUCAGCAAGAGGCGGCUGUGAGCAGGGAGGCGGCUGAGGAAGUGCAACGGCCAGCCGAAGAUCAGGAGCCAGCACCUGCGGAGAAAGUAGAAGAACCAGCCGCUCAGCAAGAGGCGGCUGCAAGCAGGUAUGCAGAGGAAGUGCAACGGCCAGCCGAAGAUCAGGCCUUGACACUGCACAGCAUUCACGAGGUAGCCAGAAAGCUUCUUGCUCCUAGUAGUAAGGCCAAGAGCCCCUAG